AUGGAGAAAUUCCUUAGACCAGACGAAUUGCAAAUUGACCCGGAAUCUCCAACUGCCUCAGAGGAAUGGACGCACUGGUUACAAACAUUCGAAGACUUUCUAACCAUGACAGAAUUCGUUGAAGACAAGGACAAACUGAAACUACUAACUAAUCGAUUAUCUUUUACUACUUAUAAAUUUAUCAAGGAAUCUGAAACUUACCAAGACGCUUUGAGAGUUCUUAACUCAAUUUACAUCAAACAAAAGAAUGAAAUAUUCUCAAGAUAUUUAGUAAUGACUAGAAAACAGCAACAAGGUGAGACUAUUGACAAAUAUGUGUCGGAACUGAAACUUUUGAGCCAAGAUUGCGUUUUUGAAGCUGUUAAUGCGAUUCAAUACAGGGAUCAUUACAUUCGUGAUGCUUUUAUCAAUGGCUUAGCCUCGUCAUACAUACGACAGAGACUAUUUGAAAAUAAAACUUUAGACCUAGCUGAAGCAGUGGAACAGUCUAGAGCUUUUGAAAUGGCUCAAGCUCAAGUCGAGAGCUAUCCAAAAUCUAUGUACGGAAUGCAAACUUGUGCAACGAAUGAAUUGGCAAAGCGAGCUUGUCAGUACGAAUUCCCACUACAACAAAAGGAAGAAGCUACUGUUUCCGCUAUUAAAAAUGUUGAUGGCAAGUGUUAUUUUUGUGGGCAUGAUAGACACUCUAGAGAUUGCUGUCCAGCCAGAGAAGCAACUUGUGGGAAAUGUAACAAGACAGGGCAUUAUGCGAGAGUCUAUCUUUGUACUGACGUGCUUAUCGGACAUGAUAUCACGAAACUCCACUCAAAUAUACAGGGUUGGUUUGGAGGUAAGAAACCUCCUCUGUUGGUGUGCUCCUGUGCCAAAGUUGAACCACCCAAACUAUUCUGCAAUUUAACUCCAGAUUGUAAGCCAAUAGCCACAAAAUCGCGACGUUACUCAGAUGAAGAUGUGCAAUUUAUAAAACAAGAAAUGGAAAGACUACAGACUGAGGAGAUCAUUGAACCUAGUUCGUCACCUUGGCGUGCACAAGUGUUGGUUGUUACAAACGACAAAGGGAAGAAGCGACUGUGUGUGGACUAUUCGCAAACGAUAAACAAAUUUACUCUGUUAGACGCCUAUCCCUUACCAAACAUAGAUGAUCUAGUAUCCACUGUAGCGACGAACAAGGUUUUUAGUGCCAUUGAUCUAAAGCAAGCAUACUAUCAAAUACCAAUUUCUGACGAAGAGAAGAAGUACACUGCUUUUGAGGCUACUGGUCGUCUUUUUCAAUUCAGAAGAAUCCCAUUUGGCGUAACCAACGGGGUGGCAUGUUUUCAAAAGACCAUGGACCAAAUCAUUAGAAAAGAAAAACUGAAUGGAGUGUAUGCCUAUCUGGAUGAUUUGACCGUAUGUGGAAAGGAUCAAAAGGAUCAUGAUGAGAAUCUAAGAACAUUUUUAGAUGCUACAUUAGCAUUCUACAAUGUCACACUUCCGAAAGAUUAUAGUAUUUCAAGAUGUAGAUCCAGUACAACUACAAUUUAG